AUGGUGAAUUUUGUGGUGAUUUCUGUGCUUUUAUGCGGGGCUUUGUCCGAAGCAGUCAGACUUAGAAGACAGAUAGCAGCACAAAGGUACGAUAAUCGUGGAGGAGAAGGCCCGGGGCUGUUCUCACGAGAACCCAACGCCAACCCGACAGGCCCAAAUUCAUACGACAAUCGUGGUGGAGAAGGCCCGGGGCUGUGGUCACGGGAACCCAAUGCCAACCCCACAGGGCCAAAUUCUUACGAUAAUCGUGGUGGAGAAGGCCCGGGACUGUGGUCACGGGAACCCAAUGCCAACCCAACAGGGCCAAAUUCAUACGACAAUCGUGGAGGAGAAGGCCCGGGGCUGUGGUCACGGGAACCCAAUGCCAACCCCACAGGACCAAAUUCAUACGAUAAUCGUGGUGGAGAAGGCCCAGGACUGUGGUCACGUGAACCCAAUGCAAACCCCACAGGGCCAAAUUCUUACGAUAAUCGUGGUGGAGAAGGCCCGGGGCUGUGGUCACGGGAACCCAAUGCCAACCCGACAGGGCCAAAUUCAUACGAUAAUCGUGGUGGAGAAGGCCCGGGACUGUGGUCACGGGAACCCAAUGCCAACCCGACAGGGCCAAAUUCUUACGAUAAUCGUGGUGGAGAAGGCCCGGGGCUGUGGUCACGGGAACCCAAUGCCAACCCCACAGGGCCAAAUUCUUACGAUAAUCGUGGUGGAGAAGGCCCGGGACUGUGGUCACGGGAACCUAAUGCCAACCCGACAGGGCCAAAUUCAUACGAUAAUCGUGGUGGAGAAGGCCCGGGACUGUGGUCACGGGAACCCAAUGCCAACCCCACAGGGCCAAAUUCAUAUGAUAAUCGUGGUGGAGAAGGCCCGGGGCUGUGGUCACGGGAACCCAAUGCCAACCCGACAAGCUAUUCAGGUCAAACCUGCGAUUCUAUGGAAGGUUCCUGCGUGGCCAACGAAAACGAAUGUGCCAAUGACGUAGUCUCAGGAAUGGGUUGUCCGAGAGCUGAAAUGUGUUGCCUUCCUAAAGUUUUACCUGAACACAUAGGAGGGUUGGAGGGCUUGAAAGGACCUAUUCCUGGCACGAUGAUAGUGGGAGGUACCGAGUCGGCCCGAAACCGAUGGCCAUGGCAGGUGUCCCUCCAGACAAGUCGGGGAUACCACUUCUGUGGAGGCUCUCUGAUCAACGAACAGUGGGUCCUCACUGCGGCACACUGUCUCGACAGGUCUGUAGAUCGCGUUGUAUUGGGGGAUCAUGACCUAACAACUCACCAAGGAACAGAAGUCAUCCGCGGGGUCUCGCGCAUCGUAAAGCACUCGGAGUUCCACAACGGUGGUUCCUAUCCAAAUGACAUUGCCCUAAUAAGACUAGACACCCCCGUGACUUUUAGUGCUGCAGUUCAGCCAAUCUAUGUUCCAAGUGAGGGUUCUUCUUUCCUCAGCACGGAGUGUUGGAUCACAGGAUGGGGCGAAACAAGAAAUACCGGAGAUCGUACGAAACUAAAUGAAUUGGUUAUCAGUGUCAUCGAUCAGCAGACCUGCGCGAGACAAUGGAGGCCGACCCCGAUCCUAAAUACCCAUAUCUGCGUGGGUGACGGGGAGACGGGAUCAUGUAGUGGGGAUUCUGGAGGGCCUCUCUCUUGUAUGAAAAAUGGGAAAUGGACGUUAGCUGGAGUGACGUCAUUCGGGGUCACUGGAUGUGAAACGAGUGGUUACCCGGAUGUGUAUACCCGUGUAUCUGUAUACAGACCUUGGAUUGAAUAUGUGUUAAGGACCGGUGGAAUGUAAUAGGUUUACAAAUUUAAAAAAAAACUUGUCCUUUGCUAAUUUGAAUUUUAAAACAUGUAGAAGACAAAAUAAUAAAAUGCAUGUGUUUUUCAUCCUUUACUGAUUAAUUACCAUAAAAUUCAGACUCACAAAUCAUUUUGAAAAGUGAACUUGUAUCCAUAUUCACAAAUAAAAUCUU